ACAACAUUGACAAUCAGCUGUAAGAAAGUGGGGAGGAAAAGGCGAACGUCUGUAUUUUAUUUCACGAUUAUGUAGUUCAUAGCUUCGAGCGUUUCGUUGCAGUUGUAACUAUGGCGUGUUUAAGUUCCAGUAGGCUUUGUGCUCGUGUCCAAAAUAAGUUGUUGUGUCAAUUCGGACAUAAAGUUCGAAGACAAACUGUAUUUGUGAAACUUAAACCUCCUGGACCUUCGCCUUUGCGAAUAUUUGGAAAAACAUGUCAGAGAGUGACCACAUGUGGGCCCGCGUGCGGGACAGGCGUAUACACGACUAGUGCGACACGUCGGCUCGCCUCCAGCCUACAGAGCACAAGCACCGGCUCCUUGCCCGACUACGGCACACAAAUCGUCGACCCUUACCGUUUGCUUGAAGACGACCUCAACGGCAUAUAUGAGGAUAUAAGAACGGAGCUGGAGAAGAACACCAAUCAGUCGGAACUUAACACCAUAGCCACAUACUAUUUUGAUGGACAGGGCAAGGCGCUCAGGCCCAUGGUUGCCAUACUCAUGGCGAGAGCUGUCAACUACCACGUAUAUGGCGAAAACAGUGCGCUGCUGCCUUCUCAGAGGCAAGUGGCGAUGAUCAGUGAGAUGAUCCACUCGGCGUCACUAAUCCACGAUGACGUCAUCGACCAGAGCGACUUCCGGCGUGGAAAACCCUCAGUCAACGUGCUCUGGAACCAUAAGAAGGUAGCGAUGGCCGGCGACUUCAUCCUCGCCGUGGCGUCGAUGAUGAUAGCUCGCUUGCGCAGCGAUGAAGUCACACUUGUGCUCAGCCAGGUGGUGACAGAUCUAGUUCAAGGCGAGUUUAUGCAGCUCGGCAGCAAGGAGACCGAAAACGAACGAUUCGCGCACUACCUCACCAAGACUUACAGAAAAACAGCCUCGCUCAUAGCUAAUUCAGUAAAAGCGGUGGCGCUGCUGAGCGGUGCAGAUGCAAGCACGUGUGAGGUAGCAUUCCAGUACGGACGGAACCUCGGGCUCUCGUUUCAACUGGUCGACGACCUGCUGGACUUUGUAUCUUCCGCACAGGCUAUGGGUAAACCCACUGCCGCUGACCUCAAACUCGGCCUCGCUACCGCACCUGUGCUCUUCGCAUGUGAAAAGUACCCGGAGUUGAACCCGAUGAUAAUGAGGAGAUUCCAAGAAGCGGGCGAUGUGGAGAAGGCGUACGAGCUAGUGCACAAGUCGCGGGGGUUGGAACAGACACGAUUCUUAGCGCGCAAACAUGGCGCGGAAGCGACGCGUCUCGCUGCUGAACUUGGGGAUUCACCGUACCAGAAAGCGCUCGUCGUAACCACCGAUCUAGUACUUAAUCGGAUUAAAUAGCACCAUACCCGAGCGAGAAAACCUACUUCGGAUGUUUCCCCCGAUCUUUGGACUCGUCCGUCGAUUGCCUUUGUGCGCCCGAAGUACCUCUCGCCCUCCCCCGGGUUAAUAUGACGGUUCUAUAGAAGUGUUCGUAGUAUCAUCAUAUUGUGUAGCGCCUUCAAGCGAAGGGACGCUUUUUUUAGGUUCUUUGGACUCGAAUUCCGACUCGCCUGAAAUGUCUUUCGGCUCUACCCUCCUCCAUGUGUGAGUGCGACUAUUUCGAAGUGUUUAAAGCGUUACUGGUUUAUAUAGUGAAACGACAUCUAGAGUUUUGAAAUUGAAAGCGCACUGAAGAUUUUGUUCAGAAUUAAGCGAUUCGAAAAUAUUAAAGUGACGUUACUUUUAGAUAAUAUUCAGCCUUCCAAUUCAUAAUUGUUUUGUCUUUUAAGUAUGCAGAAGUUAUUUGUAAUAUAAAUAAGAAAUUAAAUAUUAAACUCAAAUUCCUUUUUAUUAUGAAUGCUUUCGAAGUGGGCUUUACUUUUAGUGAGACUUGUGAGAGGGUCAGUCUGUUCUCGGCAUAUAGCAUGGCGAGUCGGCACGUUGAUAUAUUUUUAUGACAAGUAAAAAAAAUAUGUGCCCUGAUAUUGUUUAUAUUAACGAAUUAUAUAUCCUAUAUAAAUAUAUAAUUAUGUUAUAAUAUUAUCGUGGAUCAGUUCGACUGAAUGGUUUCGCGUGGCGUAUCAAAAGUUUAUUUAUAUUAUAUAAUUAUGUACGUACGUUUAGUAUUGUGUAUAGUCGUUUACAUUAUUGAUGUUUGUACUCGUUUUUAUACAUCCCCUCACUUGUGUGACCUGAUUUAAUUUAAGAUUUUCCACGAAAGUAUUUUGGUAACCGUGAACUGUAAUGCGAUUGCAAGGAAUCGUUGGGCGCUUCGUCACCAGGAGUCCAAACACGUUAAAAGGUCAACGGAAAAAUAACUUCAUAAAUCCAUUUAACUGGUGCAAUGUAAUUAAGCUAUCCUUUUCACAUAUAUAAUAACAUAUGUUUCCCUAUGAUUUCCUUAUCUAUGGUCUUCCUUUGACGUAAAGCGUGAUUGGAUUCCAUAUACCGCUGUUACGUGACGUCACCGCUCAUCUUCUCUGCGUGGAGGGUCAAUAUCGCGAAGCAGUUAUGUACAUAUUAUUAUUUCUUACUUCACAUUCUGAAACUAUCGUUCUAUGUUCCUCUAUCUUCGUAACGUGCAAUCUUGUAGGCAUAGCGUCAGAAAGUACCUGUGUAAGUGCACAUAUGAACUUUCGUAAUACAUCACAAAAUUAUCGAAUUCGCGAACCAUUUAUUGUUCGUGCCAGCCUUUUUGUUAUAUUUUACGCUGUGUAAAUAUUGAGAGUCAUUGGAUAAGUUACCCGUGUUUAUUUUCGAAACCAUUUACCUCAAUUUCUUUAGUGUACUCGUUACAUACUAUAUAGAGGUGUAUAUUCUGUUUAGUUUUAAAAUUGUAAGUGUCGUAUGAGGCCACACAAUAUUUAGGCGAAAUUUGUAACAAUUCUAUUAGAUAAAUUAGAUUUUAGUGUUGUAAAUAUAAAAACGUCAUAUUGUUCAGUUUAUUAAGCGACAUAGUACAGUUGUACCGAUAUUGUACGCACCAACAGCGUUGUAUUUCUAAAACGUUUUUUCUUGAGGUUCAUAUUAUUAUUUAACAAAAUAUUAGUCAUUAAUAAGUUAACGCUUAGAAGGGCGGACAUAAUAACUGACUAAGGACUUUCUUUUGUAAAACUUAAAGCCUUAAACAAAUGGCUAUUACGAAUAGGUAAUAAAUAUAUAUUUAAAUUGGUAUUUAAUUCUAAAUAUUUCAGCUUAAAAGUACAAUAACGUUAGUUUUGAUAAUUAAUGUAAUUACAAACUUAUAUUUUUUAUACCAAAUAUUGUAAUCAGAAAAUAAAAAUUGACUGUAGCACAUAUUGUUAUAUAAAAGGCUUAUAGUCUUACGAAUAUUCUUUCAAGAGUUUUUUAAAUUUAUAAUCGAAAUUCUUGUAAAAUUGAAAGUGUAUUUUAUAUUGGUUAUUCUGUCAGCCCGACAAUAAUAAGAGAUGAAAUGUAUGUUUUGUACAUUAUAAUAUUAAAAAUGGGAGUCAAUGAAUUUUAUUUAUAUGUAUGUAGACAUGUACGUAGUUCAUAUUGUUUGUAAAUAUAAUUACAUUGUAAAAUGCUAAAUCAUGAAUCAUUUUUAAUAUAAAUAUUAGUUACAUAAUAUUGUUUUAUUUCUUUUACUCUAUCCAUUAGGUUUGUGAUUUAGAUAUUCAUUAUUUGACUUGUUUAAUUAGAUUAAAUAGUAAUUUUGAACAUCAGACCUUACAAAUACAUUGGCAGAAAUUUAUAAUAAUAAUAUUUGAUUAGGAUAGGUUAGAAAGUUACAAACAACGUACGAGCCGAGCGAGAAAAGCGAGCGUGCCGCGGCAGCGGCCGGCGCAGUGCCAGAAGCGGAUCGUUAU